UUAGUUUCUCGUUGGUUGAUUCCCAAUUCCUGCUGCGUACGAUAUUCCACGAAUCUGAGUAGCCUUUUCGAACUAGAAAUAAUUUGCACGUCGAUUAUUCGCAGUUCCUUCCGGCGUCCAGUUGUGUCAGCCAUGGCGACGGAAGGCUGUAGGCGAUAACCGCCACCCGAAUUCCACGUCGCGUUUUGCAAAUUAAAGCAAUUAAAUAAAGGCAUCAGCUUCUCGUCCGACAAAAACUCCUGUUCUAUCGUCAAUGGAGACUAUUUGCGAUUUUUGCGAAAAAGGUCGAGCCACUGUCUAUUGUAAGGCGGAUUCCGCUAGGCUCUGCCUCUCGUGCGACCGCGUAGUUCACUCUGCGAAUAAUCUCUCCCUUCGCCACCAUCGCACACUGCUCUGCGACGGUUGCAACGCCGAGCCAGCCUCCGUGCGAUGCCGGGACGAAAACCUUUCUCUCUGCCCAGAGUGUGACACGGCGUCUCACAGCGCUAACCCGUCCGGGGCGAACCACAGCCGUCACGUGUUCGAAUGUUUCACGGGCUGCCCGUCCGCAGCUGACCUGGCGAAGCUCUGGGGUUGCGACAUGGCUCAACCGCCUCCUCUCCUCCAUGUCCAAAAAGCCCAGCCGGCAUCGUCCAACUCCACCGCCGGUGGCGCUUUAACUUCCGCUCAUGGCGCUCUAGCCACGCCGGAACCUGACACCCCUAAGCCGGCGGAACGUCUGACGCCAAGGCCGGCGGAAAUCCUGACGCCAGCGGAAAUUCAGACGCCAGCAGCCGAAAUAUUGACUCUGAAGCCGGUCGUACUGUCGCCUAAAUCUGCUGAAAAUCCGGCGGCUAGAGAUCCGUUAACGGCCGCCUCUAGCUGCGUGCUGCAGGCAGCAGCGACUCAGUCGUUACAAGUUCCGGGUAACCCCGGAAUGGGUUCUAGUCCUGGAGUAUCCCCUAUUCAGAGGGUAACUUCUGUUCCUGGACUUCCGGAUUUUCGCCAAGAUAAGCUAUCUUCUAAUCAUGGAGGAACGCCGAGUGGCGCCGGUUCGGGAAAUUCGCCGCAGAGUCUGCAGCAGCGUUGGGGAGCCGCUUUAGCCGGCAAUCGGGCGGCGCCGUUGUCGUCGGCCGUCAGCUUGCCGGCCGACAGGCGUGCAAUGCCUCCAAGCCCGAAUUUGGCCGUCAGUGGCGGCGACGCGCAGGGACUGAAAGCCGCAGCCCAUCGGAGCGGUCUCCUGCAAGCGCCUUCUCCCGUGCUUGCUGCGUCGCCCAUGCUCGCUGCAUUCCCCGUGCUCGCUGCGUCCCCCAUGCCGGCUGCCUCGCCCAUGCUCGUCGCGCCACCUGCGAAACCCUCGCCGCCGCAGUCAGCGCCCCCCUCGAUUCUGUCACCCUUCAACGCCGCUUUCUCCAUCCAGCCGCACUCGGCGGCGCUGAGGCAACUACCAGAGCACCGAUUCGGCCAAGGCCCAGGUUCGGGGCCAGGUCCGGGCGCAGGUCCGGGCCCAAGUUCGAGCCCAGGUUCGGGCCCAGGUUCGGGCGGAGGUGCGUUGGGGGGUGUGAGGCCAGGUGGUGUGCGACCUGAGAUAUCCGCCAGCUCGCUGCAGACAAUCUCGAGGAUCAUGGCGCUGUACCCGCUGGAGGGCUCGAAGCAGCAGCAGCAGCAGGCAGGGAGUGGGGUUGGUCAGCGGAUGCAGAAGAUGCAGCAGCUGCAGCGGCAGCAGAUGCAGGACCUAGUUCAGCAGCACCUGCUGCAGCGGCAGAAGCAGCAGCUACAGCUACAGCAGCAGCAGCAGCAAGUGGUAAAGCAGAGAGAAGACGAGCAGCAGCAGCAGCAGCAGCAGCAGCAGCUUGUUUUUGCGGAGCAGCGAUUGCACAUGAUGCAGCACGAGCAACAUCGACGACGGUUGCAGCACCAAGAGCAACAAUAUCAACAGCAGCAGCAGCAGCAGCAGCAGCAGCAGAUGUUGCUUCUGAAGAGGGCGAAUGAAACAGCAAGCACCAUGGAAUGGCAUGGCACCAUGGCAGCGCAGAACAUGCGAGUAAGCCCCCAUAACGCCCUCCUCCUCAACGGCCUUCCACCCCAAGCCUCUACUGCGACUCUAUCUGCUGCUCCUGCUCGCACCCCAGCUUCCGCUCCUGCUCCUCUUUCUGCCACUGCGCCUGCUGCUGGUCCUGCCGUUUCUGCUGCCAAUUCUGCUGCUACUGCCCCUGCUGCCACUGCCCCUGCGGCCAAUUCUGUAGCUAGUGGGUCUCUCGACAGGCAGUGGACCCGAUCUUACUCUCUCCACACUGACGGCCAGUCCCCUGCCUUUCCAGGCAGCAUUGAACGUGCCAGCGCCGGUGGCUCUGCUGCUGCUGCUGUUAUCGCUGAUCGCAACCUGGAUUUUCACCUGAGCCAGCUGUCCAACAGGAGAAUCGCGCAGGAGAUUGCCGAGUCUAGGCGGAGUGGUGGCAGUGCAGGGGGCGGGGGGGUGAGCAGAGGGGGGAUAAGUGCAGGGGGGAUGGGCAGGGUUGGUAUGGGGAAAGUGGUUGAGGGCUCCCCGAUGGUUCUUGAGACGAUCCAGAAAGGCAGCAGGAGGGGGGUGGAGAGGGGGGGGAUGGAGAGAGGGGGGUUGGAGAGAGAGGGGAUGGCCAGAGUAGGCAUGAAGCGAGUCCUUGGAGCAGAGUCAGGAUAUUCCCCCAUGGCAACCUCGAGCUUUGAGGCUGGAGGCAGGACUCGCAACAGUGGUGGUGGUGGCAGGAGUCGCAACACCGCUGGUGGUGGGCUGUGUAAAGAGACCGGGUAUGAGGUCGGAACCCCCUUUCGAGCUCCUGCGCGGGGUGUAGAUGCUGGGGAGUUUCCAGGAAAGCGGCAUGCGGCGUAUGCUGGCCAGGAGUCCCGGGGGGAGCCAGCAGCCCGCCCCGUCGCAGCUGUUGCUGGGCAGACGGUGCAGAUGGGUAUUGCGGGGCGGGCAGGUGGUCCAGGGCAGAUAGCAAGUGCGGGGCAGACAAGAAAUGUGGGGCAGGCGGGUGGUGUGGGGCAAAUGGGAAGUGCAGGGCUGGCAGGAGGUGUGGGGAUGGCAGGAGGUGCGGGGAUGGCAGGGGAGAUGGCACAGACAGGAGAGUGCGGGGCCAUGGGGGCAGGUGCGGAGGCUGCUGGUUGCCAACGGCAGGAGCAGGAGCGGAAGCAAGAGCUGCUGCAGGAGCUCAGGCGCGAGAUGCACGUGCAGCAGUUAAGUCCGCAGCAGGUUCAGCAAUUGCAUGUGCAGCAGUUUAGUCUGCAGCAAGUUCAAAAACUGCACAUGCGUGGAAACGCCCUUGGGAGCUCCGGAGUGGCAGGGAGUCAGGGCCCUUGUGGUGCCAGUGGUAAGGAAGCAAGGGACUCUGCUGCAGCCGUAGGAAGGCAGGCAUUGGACGAUGCAGCAGCGGUCUCAGCUGCUCACACCUCAGCAGCAGCGGCAGCACCGGUUGAAUCAGCAACAGCAGAGGGGGCGGUGUUGACAGUGGCAGAAGCAGUGGAAGCGGUGGGAUCAGGUGUGUCAGAUGUAGCAGCAGCAGCAGCAGCGGCAGCAGGUGCAGGAGGUGGAGUGCUGGCAGCAGGCGAUGAUCAGCCUGACACCUCCGCCCAUGCACUUGCCAUAGCUGAUGCACAUGGUCAAGAUACUAUGGCAACUUUGAUGGAUGCAGACAUGGGCAUGGGCAUGGGCAUGGGCAUGGGGAUGGGGAUGGGGAUGGGCAUGGGCAUGGGGUUCCAUAUGGAGGACAUGGAUUUCGCGAUGCCACUCCCUGGCUGUGAUGACAUGUUUGCGGGGCUCCCCGAUUCCGACUUUGUAGGAGUAUUCGGUGCUGGUUCCGAUUCGGGGGUUUAUGCUGCUGGUGCUGGGGCUUUCACUGCUGCCGGUGCCUUUGCUGGUCCCACCGGUUGCGGCAGUGCAGCCGCUGAUGUCUAAAUGCACGCUCGCGCGCUCGUUCCCCAUUCCUAGCACAUCCCCAUCCUUACCCACCUCCUCCCCCUCUCUCUCCUCCCCUCGCACCCACCCCCCCCCCUCCCCCCCCUCUCCCCCUCCCCCCCCUCUCCCCCUCCCCCCCCUCUCUCUCAGCCCUGGUGCACUCUUCUCCUUCGUCUCUAUUUUUCCUCCGCUACAUGCUGUUUCGGGUGCCACAUAGUUGUCUUGCCCGUUUUUGUACGGUAUGUAAUGCCCUCGUUCUGUUUCUUCUCACACCGGCUGGAUGUCCCUUGUAAGCAUUGUAACGUAGGUAUAACACACGAUUCCUUUCUGGUGCAGGUGAUCCGUUAGUGGGAUCAGCCACAUGGUUACCGAAGGGUUUCUCAUGUUUGCAAAGGCUGUGGCGUUAGGAUGAAGGGUGGCAUGUGUGUUCUGGUUUGCUACGACGUUUAUACACCAUGUUUUUCAUGGUGUUUAUCCCCUUUCCAUGUGUAAUGUGUGUGUUACAUGAGGGCAUGAUGGUGUACGAGCCUC